AUGGAUUUGCAGCUUCUUGUCUUCUCUCUGGCUACCUUCCGUUUUGUCUGCUGUCGGGCGUGUUUCGUAUCAGACGAUGGGAAGAGAGCAGAUUGUUCGAAUCAACAUUUGUACGAAAUACCCAACCUAUUCAACGGGACUGAGUGGUUAGACCUCUCGGAAAACAAUUUUACAACUCUGACUAACUUAUCAUUUGCAAAUCUGCCUCAACUGAAAAUACUGAACAUUAGCAGAUGCCAUGUCCAUCACCUGGACGGACAAGUGUUUUCAAACCUUGGAAAUUUGCAAACUUUAAGCCUGAGUCAAAACAUGAUUAACAUUUUACACGAAAGAUUUCAACACUUGCGUUUCCACAACAAUCCUUUCCUGAAACAUUUAGAUUUAUCCUUCAACACAAGGGCAGUGUUAAAACAGAACGAUGGUGUGUAUCCGGACCAGGUAUUCGCGUCGCUUUCAAGUGUGGAAGAUCUCAUCCUGGACCUUCUACCAAACCCUGUUUUCGGGGAAGGCUUCAGUAACAUGACAAAUGUUAGGUCACUUAUAUUUCGGGAUUGUGCUAUAAUGCAUUUAAAAAAUGAAACAUUCAAAUAUUUCAUAAAUCUGACGAAACUGACCUUCUUACAAAUGUCCAACUGCCAGGUCCAUAUUGAACCAUGGGUGAAAGUGGAGACAGCGGUCCUACAAUAUUUCCACUCUCUAGAAUCACUUGAUCUCUCCGGGACAAUGAUAACAUUUCCUGUUGCCAUGGAUAUUCUGUAUGGGUUAACUGUGACAACCAAUCUGAGCACUCCUGUUAGGACAAUGAAAACUCUUAAUUUAUAUAACGUUAAUCCACUGAACCUUUUGUGGUUGUACGAUGUAAACUAUACAGUCAAGGUAACAAAAUCCAUGGCAAAGUACAUAAAACAUCUGUGUAUUGAAGAUUUGAACAUAGGUAAAAAUGGAAUCGUGGAACUGGAUGUAGAUGCGGUAGAAAGUUUCACGGAUAAUUCUUGUUUGAGGCGUUUGAUAUUGCGUGAGAAUAAUGUCUUAUUUACGCUUCCGAAAUACUUGUUUAUUAUUAUGAAAUUCUUAACACAAGCUGUAAAUCUCCAGGAAAUAGAUUAUUCCUAUAUUGCAAUUCAAUUUUCAGAUAAUGUCGUGGAUAUCCCGAACACUCCUGGAAACAUGAACCAUGAAUAUAGCUCUGAUGAGAGAAUAGAAUGGCAUUCAUCUGCGAGCAGGCAAGAACAGGAUCGAUGCCUUGUGCCAAUCUCGUCAAAACGUUUGAGUCGAAUCCGAUUCUCACACUUAUUGUUCCCUUUCUUUUUCCAAUGUGACAUCGAUGUUUCACAAUCACCAAUGUUGACGUAUGUUGACUUUUCUUACAUGAAUAUUGCUAGCAUGGACUUUAAAGUGAAAGGAGCAAAUCUCUCCUUUCUCGACGUCUCUGGAAUAAGCUUUGGAUACUCGGGCGGUAGAUUAUUUAAAAAUCUUGUCGGUGUUAAAAAAUUAGUCAUCCGCGACGCAGAUCUUGAUAGAGCGUUUAGCAACGGUAACUUUAUUUUCAGAAAUGUAAAUCACUUAGACGAAAUUGAUAUGUCCUCAAAUCAUUUAAACACAUUACCAAAUGAAGCACUUGAGGGGUUAGAGUUUCUACAGAAAAUUAUUUUAACCUGGAAUUUUCUUAACGAUUUUCCUCAUGGAUUGUUUAAAAUGACUCAUUUGACUUACAUCGACAUUAGGUAUAACAAGCUGUUAUCUCUCGAUAAGGCGACGCGUGAUUGGCUAGAUGAAAAAGCUAAUGGUAUUACUGUGUUAUUGGACGGAAAUCGUUUCACUUGUACGUGUGACACGGCGGAGUUUGUUUCAUGGAUUAUAACGACAAAAGUCGAAUUUAAGAAAAAAACACCGAACUACAACUGUACUUUAAAAGAUGGAUCGAUAUCCAAUGUAAGAUAUGUGUACGAUAAUCGAGAUAUUUUCUUUAAAGAAUGUAACAGUCAUUUGUUUUGGUUACAAUUUUCUAUAUCUGCAAUAAGUUUAUUAGUCUUUGUCAUCGUGUUGGCUGUAGUUUGUCACAAGUUCAGAUGGAGAAUUCUGUAUUAUUUCUACAGGAACUGUAAAAUCAAACCCGGCUUGGAGGACACUACCUCGUAUAGUUUUGAUCUGUUCGUUGCUUACACUGCAGCAGAUUCACCCUGGAUUUGGCAACAGUUGCGACCUAAACUAGAAUUACAACAUAAUAUACAGUUAUGUUUGCAUGAACGCGACUUUGAAAUUGGAGAAUCUAUUUCUCAAAACAUCGUGAACUGUUUGCAAAAGAGCAAGAGGAUAUUAUUUGUAAUAUCAGCGGAAUAUAUCAAUGCUAGGUGGUGUGACUUUGAACUUGAAAUGGCCAACAUGGAACGGGUCCAGCGAGGUUGUACAAAUUCAAUUAUUGUGGCUAUUAAAGGCGAAAUACCGGCGGAUGAAAUGCCUCGUACGGUCAGAAAUAUCUGGCAACAUGUCACAUGUAUAAUAUACCCACUCGAUGAAACAGACAUGGACGCAUUUGAACUGUUCUGGUGUCGACUAAACCACAGUGUCAUCUCUUAG